UCGACAAUAAAUACCAGGUAAUACGUGAGGCUCCUGUACACCCAUCAAGGUCAGGUUGAAGUCAUAUUAUUCAUACUGAAUAUGCCGAAUCAAAACUAUCACUUGCGCUUGUGCUCGAUCACCGAUUACAGCAUAACCUAAGAAGCAAUAUACAUCACGGUAGUGAUUAUCAGUGAUACCGCUACACCACUCAUAUGUGUCAAUAAACCGUGGUUACUUCGUGAUCAGAUGAGUCAAGAUGACGUCGAUGGAGAUCAUCCCCGGAAGACAAACGAAAUUUUGGCCCCAAUGGUUAGCUGCAUCAAUAAUCCAUAUACUUGGUCUCCUGUCUGGGCUAGUUGGUGGAUGGACUUCGCCGUACUUGGCGAAAUUAACGCAGGGAAAUGAAUCGUUGAUCGUCACCAAUAACGAAGCAUCGUGGAUAGCUUCUCUGCUUCAUCUGUCUCGGCCUCUGGGUUCGAUCAUUGCAGCUGUGCUAGUAAGCAAGAUCGGAAGUAAGAAGGCAGUGCUUCUCGGAGGAGUUCCACAUAUUGUUGCGUGGGCAUUAUUCCUGAUCGACGAAUCAGUUUCAUGGAUUUACGCAUCGAGGGUGUUCAGUGGUGUUGCAAUGGGAAUGUAUUUAAGUACUUUUCCCCUCUAUAUCGGUGAAAUUGGCCAUCCAAAAAUCAGAGGUGCUCUCAUCGGUCUCGUAGCUCAGGGUUCAGCUAUUGGGUAUCUAUUGGGGAACUACAUGGGUGCAUAUCUGAAUAUGAGAACCUUUGCCAUUAUAAAUCUUAUAAUCAGUGUAGUUUACAUGUUUCUCCUCUACUUCUUUCCGGAUACUUCACAUUAUUUCAUUAAGAAAGAGAAAAUCAGACAAGCGGAAAAAUCAUUGAAAUGGUAUAAUCGUAAGAAAGAUGUGACAGCUGAGCUUCGAGAAUUGCGAAUGUAUAUGGGGAGACCGCAGACAUUAACAUUCAAAGAGUCACUCCAACAGUUGACAACACCACUGAAUCGAAAAAUACUGAUGAUGAUUGUUUGCGUUUAUCUGUUCAUGCAACUAAGUGGCAUCAAUACAGUCGCAAUGUAUCAGGAAAUACUUCUAACGACUCUCAGCAUUGACAUCAUAGCCCCCUCCCUAGUUGUGGUAUGCGUUGGUGCGGUUGCAAUCACAGCAAAUUUCAUGGCGAUUUACACCAAUGAUCACUUUGGGAGACGAACUAUGCUUGCAGUCUCCACACUAGGCGUUUCCAUCAACUUUGCCCUCAUAGGUGUCCAUUAUCUAUUGUUCAGGCAUAAUUAUGACAUUUCGAAGAUUCAAUGGUUAGUUAUCGCUGAAUUCAUGCUAUACAUAUUCUUCUUGAAUAUCGGACUCACGCAUAUACCUAGUUGUCUCUUGAGUGAGAUUUUUUCACCAGAACUCAAAGAGAUUGGCUCAUGCAUAGCGAAUAUUGUUUGCUCUUUCUCUGCAUUUAUCGCGAGUAAAAGCUACCAGCCUCUAGUAGACGCUACAUCUGAAGAAUUUGUAUUCUUCUUCUAUGCUCUUCUCGUAUUUUUCAUGUUCAUCUAUACGAUCAUUGUUAUUCCUGAAACGAAGGGGAAGUCACUCCAAGAAAUUCAAGAGAUGCUGAUGAAGGGAAAUAAACAAGCGGCUUCAGUACAAACUGAUCGGCUCACUGACAACGAUUAAUUCAUAUCGUGAAAAUAACAAAUCGCAAUCAUAAUUGUACUUUAGUCAAUAAAAAUUUUCAUAGAAGGUCAAAAUACAGUGUAACGUUUUCUGAUACCUCUAUUCUGUUGUUUUAGCAAUCUAAUAUGACAUAGUAUUACUCUAUGCAUAUGAGCCACUCCGACAAAUAUCGUAGGAAAAUCCGGCGUCAAAGCUUUCGACCAUUAUUUUGCCUACGAAUGAAUGCUUUGUAAUUAUUUAAAUUUAAGUUUUGGAUUUUUUAUAUUAUAUCAACUCAUUAUGAUCCGAAAAUUCCAAAAAUGCAUUUUUGAACGGUAUUCGUACGUAUGUAUGUAUAUAACAAAGCGUUUCUUAAAUUCCUAAUGAAUUGAUGGAAUUUAAUUAUUUUUGCUUCCGGAUGAAAGCUUUGUAAUCACUCAAAUUGGGUUUCCAAUUUUUUGUGUUAGGGUACGGUAGAAUAUAGCAGUUCGGAUACUGGUAAAACGCAUAGGACCUAGCUGUUUGCAUAUUUUCGCUUUAGAUGUUCGCAUCUUACGAACUGCCCUCUUACCCCUUCUGUAAUCACCUUAUUCUGAGAUAUGCGCAUAACCUAAUGCGCACAUCUGGUAGUUCAAAUUCGAUUCAAAGUCGAUGCAUUGAAUAAUGAGAAAUGUUCCAAUGAAUGUGAGAAACUUUGAAACUAUUGAACUAUUUCCUUUAGAAAUGAAAAUUUUUUUUCUAAUAAAUGAUUUUAAUCGCCCCAUGUUUGUGCCAGUUUGUGUAAACAUAUGAAUAAUAAAUUUGUCUGCUGCUAAAAAUUCUCAAUAAAUACUUUAAUGAUGUCUCGCAAA